UGAAUCUCAGAGCCAGCUGCAAUUUGAGUGUGGCCAUUCUGGGCCAUGGAUACAAGCUCUAGCGGUCUCAAAAACUGUUUAUUGACAUCGAGCUAAUAAGGUUUGUAAGCCGGGUAAAGAAACAGUGGCCGAAUUGAUCUGCUGUCACACGUGUUAACCAGUGAAUGCAUAGAGUCAAGAAGGUUAAACUUUGUGAUAAUAAAGAGGGCAUUUGGACAAGCUGUGUGACUGUGAGCAUGACGGCUGUGGACGGCCUUUCGGAUAAUGCAGAGGUGGUGGAAAUGGAGGACGUGCCAUCUCAGUUCUUUGUGGAGAAACACUCUUGGGAGGGCCUGCGAGAUAUUAUCCACUGUAGCAGGAAGUACUCAGGCAUGAUUGCCAACAAGGCUCCCCAUGACUUCCAGUUCGUGCAGAAAAAUGAUGAAAAUGGACCCCACUCCCACCGGCUCUACUACCUCGGAAUGCCUUAUGGAAGCAGAGAGAACUCAUUACUCUACUCAGAAAUCCCCAAGAAGAUUCGGAAAGAGGCCCUCUUAGUGUUGUCAUGGAAACAGAUGCUGGAUCACUUCCAGGCUACGCCGCACCAGGGGGCAUAUUCUCGAGAGGAGGAGUUGCUGAGAGAGCGUAAACGUUUGGGAGCUUUUGGUAUUACGUCCUAUGACUACCAUUCCCAGACUGGACUGUUCCUCUUCCAGGCUAGUAAUAGCCUAUUCUACUGUCAAGACGGUGGCAACAAUGGUUUCAUCCAGUCAGCUCCUGUAAAGCCUAUGGAGAUCAAGACCCAGUGCUCAGGGACCCGUAUGGACCCCAAGAUCUGCCCCGGAGAUCCAGACUUUAUAGCCUUUAUCAACAACAAUGACUUGUGGAUAGCCAACAUUAAGACAGGCGAGGAAAGGCGACUCACGUACUGCCAUAAAGGUUUAGAUAAUGUUAAGGAGGACCCCAAGUCUGCGGGUGUAGCAACUUUUGUCAUCCAGGAAGAGUUUGACCGUUUCACUGGCUACUGGUGGAGCCCCACAGCAGUAGAAGACCCUAAUGGAGGUAAAACAGUGUACCUUCUGUAUGAAGAGGUGGAUGAGACAGAGGUAGAAAUUAUUCAUGUUCCAUCUCCAGCACUUGAGGAGCGGAAAGCAGAUGCAUACAGAUAUCCUCGCACAGGUAGCAAAAAUCCCCAGUCUACACUUAAACUGGCAGAGAUCAAGACAGAUCAUCAAGGAAGAAUAGUGAGCACACACGACAAAGAACUGGUCGCCCCCUUUAACUCCUUGUUUCCUGGGACAGAAUACAUCGCCAGAGUAGGAUGGACGAGUGACGGCAAAUAUGGUUGGGCAGUGCUGUUAGACCGCAGUCAGAGGAAACUGCAACUUGUUCUACUGCCACCCGCCCUCUUCAUCCCAGUGACAGAUGAUCCAGCUCUAAGACAGGAGAGUCUGGAGGCUGUGCCCACUAACACGCAGCCUUACAUAAUCUAUGAAGAAACCACUGACGUCUGGAUAAAUGUUCACGAUAUAUUCUAUCCCUUUAUUCAAACAACAGAAGAUGAGUUUACUUUCAUUUGGGUAAAUGAGUCUAAAACAGGUUUCAGCCAUCUGUAUAAAAUCACAUCCCAGUUACAGCCAGGCUGCUACCGUUGGAUAGAGGAAUACCAGCACCUAGAGGGAGACUUUAAAUGUGCAAUCAAAGAAGAGGUUACAUUGACCUGUGGGGAAUGGGAAGUAUUGGCAAGACAUGGCUCCAAGAUCUGGGUCAAUGAGGCAACAAAGUUGGUGUAUUUCCAGGGCACCAGAGACACUCCUCUGGAGCAUCAUCUUUACGUGGUCAGCUAUGAGUCACCUGGAGAUGUGGUCAGACUAACUAAGCCUGGCUUCUCUCAUAGCUGCUCUGUUAGUCAGAACUUUGACUUUUUUGUCAGCCACUACAGCAACGUGAGUACUCCUCCCUGUGUUCACGUCUACAAGCUGACUGGCUCAGAAGGUGACCCGUUGCACAUGGUUCCUGAGUUCUGGGCCAGCAUGAUGGAAUCGCCAGGUUGUCCGGGAGAUUACAAUCCACCUGAGAUUUUUGACUUUCCGGGGAAGUCAGGCUUCCAGCUUUAUGGGAUGGUAUACAAGCCUCACAACCUGCAGUCUGGGCGGAAACACCCCACUGUUCUCUUUGUCUACGGAGGCCCACAGGUGCAGUUGGUUAACAACUCUUUUAAGGGCAUGAAAUACCUCCGCCUGAACACGCUGGCUUCUCUCGGCUAUGCUGUGGUUGUCAUUGAUGGGAGGGGUUCUUGUCAGAGGGGCCUUGAAUUUGAAGGAGCACUGAAAAACAAAAUGGGUCAAGUAGAGAUUGAAGACCAGGUGGAAGGGCUGCAGUAUGUAGCAGAGAAGUUUAACUUUGUGGACCUGAGCCGUGUUGCCAUCCAUGGCUGGUCCUAUGGAGGUUUCCUUUCUCUCAUGGGCCUCAUCCAGCGACCCAAUAUCUUUAAGCUGGCUAUUGCAGGUGCCCCAGUGACUGUGUGGAUGGCCUAUGACACAGGCUACACAGAGCGUUACAUGGAUGUGCCUGAGAACAACCAACAGGGCUACGAGGAGGGAUCUGUGGCGCUGCAUGUGGACAAGCUCCCUAGCGAGCCCAACCGUUUGCUUAUUCUCCACGGCUUUCUGGAUGAGAAUGUACACUUUUUCCACACCAAUUUUCUAGUGUCACAGAUAAUCCGGGCUGGAAAGCCCUACCAGCUUCAGGUCUACCCCAACGAGCGGCACAGUAUCCGCUGCCCUGAGUCUGGAGAGCACUACGAGAUAAUGCUGCUGCACUUUCUACAACAAUACCUCUAAAAUCAGACAACAAGGGGACAAGUGAAGUCAAAUUCCCCUCUUCCUUCUUUUACCCCUCCCAACUGUCCGCCCACCUGUAUUCUCCAUGACCUCCCCACCCCAGCCCAUUUCUAGCUGUUUACCCCGUCAGCAAGAAACACAUCAGACACCCAGCAGCCACCAGCUCCUUUCCUCCCAACCAACUAUUCGUCUUACUUCUGCAUUACAUUUCCUCCUCUCUGUCUUGUUCUGUUACUCAAUUGCUCUCCCAGUCUUCUUCACGCCCCCUUCACCCCCAUGAUGUACAGUCUGGAGAAAGGUUUACGUGCAUGACAUGUGGUGUCCCACCCAGAAAGCCGAACAAAGACUUGUGAAGAAAUGUUUGCAGGCUGUGUCAGUCUGACUCAUUGCUCACUCACAUCUUAAUUUCUACAGCCACGAUGGUUUCUACCAAACGUUAUCAAAUUGUUUGCCCGCCCUCCCAAACCUGUUUUGUUUACUCCAGUCAGAGGUAGAAGCAGUGGUUACAGUUCACAGAUAUGACAUGGAAUGUGUACACGCAUUUGCAGACUUAAACUUUUACAGUAUACAUGCAUAUGUAAAAUACAGUUCAUCUCAUACAUAAGCACAGACACUCACACCCACCCUCACAAUAGCCAUACAUACUGUGGGUCUGUACCUUGGAGUUGGUGUAAUAAUCAAGAAAGGAAGAAAAUCAAGGCUCUUCUUCUGUCUGUGUUUUUAGCGUUUGUUGUUUAAAAUGAAAUAUUUUUAUGGAUUUUUAUUCUUUUUUUUUUUUCAUGAGUGCUGAUGGAAGGCACUCAUUGAUGUUUUUGCGCCGUCUUACCCCGUCAUAUUACAUUGCUCGAGAUGUCUGCUUGCCUUCUUAACACAUAAUUUAUAUUUGCCAAAGUACCUCUUGACUCUUGAUCAUGCUGGUAUUUCCCUUUUUUACUGCAAUAAAGACAACAAGAGGGUGAGCACUGGAGUCUUACAACAGCUUUGUACCACCGAAAUACAAUUUGUACAUGAUAAUGAAUAAAUGUAUGAAUCAAUCACAA